AUGGAGUCUUUGGUGGCCGACAUAUUGGAGGAGUAUGGCGAUCUACAUCGCUCAGUGCUUCAGUUUCUAAUGGCCGCGAAAAGCAUAGAAUUCGAAGUUUUAUAUACAGUUUUUGUUAAACUUGUCAUCAAGUCUUUGAUUGAGAAGCAUCAUCCAGAACCAUCGAAUUCAGAUCAAGAGAGGUAUUUACGCGAAUUGCUCGGGCAGGCUCGACCUGAACUACCGACACUAACCUCAGAAAGCUUAGUCAAAACAAUCGCAUUGAUCAACCGAGAACUUGCUGCGCUAGAUUUCGAGAUAGUGGAGACUCUGGCCCAAGAUGAUGAGAAAAAUAUCAUUGCCAGCUUUGUGAACACCAAAUCGUCGCCGUCCAUUAAGCUGUCUACAAGCUACACGGAGAAAGAAAUUGGUGUGAUCAAUCAGCUGAUCGACCAAAUGUUUGAGAAUCCAUUCGAUGAUGAGGAUAACUUAACAUAUUCUCUUUCGUACGCACAAGCACUCAAUAUUGCGAAGCGAAACAUCCAAACGAUUACCGACGCGCAGAAAUUUAUCAACAAGUUGGAAUCAUCAGGAUGGCUUGAAACUAGAACCCAGAUGGAGCGGUAUCAUUGUGUCAUGGCUGUAAGGAGCUCACAACAAUGGGAUAUAGGUGCUUCAGGUCACAAUGCUAUGUCCGUUUUCACGAACACUGUCGCGACCUGUAUACGCAAUCGCAUCGAACCCAAACCUGCCCUGCUGACGACUGUGAAUCUUCGCUUGAAAACAUGA